CCAAAUCCACUGAUCAGCAGGGCACAGCUCAUUACAAGCAUUCCACCCAACAUAUUGUUUCGACCUGUUACAAGCAAGCCUGGUCGGGUUCAGCCUGGCAUCCACGACACCCACAUUCAGCCCACAAUUGACGUUCAGAUUCACGAUAUCCUCAUCCAGUCGGCGCUUCAGCAGUCAUGGCCGCGACAUCAGGCGCUGCUGCAUAUGGAGGAGGCCCCGAUAUGAUCUAUAUCGGAGAGCUUUACGAAAGCAUAUCUCGUGGUCCACCAGGCAUAGAAGCCAGGAAGUUGCUGAUCGAACAUUAUAUCGCGGUCGGCAAUGAAUGGCUGGAAGGUGCAUUAGAUGAGGCCAAGAAGCUGCAGGGAUUAGCUCCAACAGACCCAGACGUCGCCAGGUUCUUGAAGAUUCUCGAGAAGACAGCAGAGCCUCCAGCGCCCGAGAAGAAGGCAGUCAAUUCAGUCCACGCACCCUCUGCGCAAUUCGAAGGCGAAAAUUUGAAGGACUAUCGAUUCACGGCGAAACCGAUAUCGAAACGUGGAUCCAAACGGUCGGACUUCAUCUUAGGCGAAUCAGUAGAUGACCUAGAUGACGAACAACGAAACCUGGCUACUGGGUACCGUGACAUACGUGCCAAAGCAACAUAUGUGUUCGCGAAUCUGCUGCGUCUACAGACCCUCCAGAAGAAGGCCGGUUUGCCCCAAUCGAGGAACCUCGCUAAAGUCCAUCUUAUGGCGGACGGAAGUAACGGGGCCGUGUACAGUGGAAUGCGGCCACCUGUAAGUGCUCGAUCUGUGGCGCGAAACAUCAGGGACAAACCAAAAGAGGCCACGAACCUGGUCAUUGCAGAUCUGGAAGCCAUGAUCAAAUGGGUGCGCGCACCAUAUGGCACACCCUCGGGCGCAAGUAUCGAUACCAUUCGUGAUACUCUGGUCAAACGCCGAAGCGCGAUCGAUUCGACACUUCCUGAUGGGCUCAAACUUCAUUGCGAGCUUGGCUUCAUGCACGUCGAACAUGAACAUCUCGAAAGGAACUACGUCAAUGACGAGACUAUGCUUGGAGAUGCGAUCAAAGACAUCGCAAGAGAGGACUUCUAUGUGACCGAGGACAACUAUGCGUGGUCAAUGGAUGAACUUGUUCAGGCUAUACAGGCAAAUGGCGGUGUACUCCGCAAUCCUCUUAGCAGAGAAAUGUUUACUCCGAAAGAUGUCAAGGGGAUUCUCCUACACCCAACAGGCAAGUCUCUUGCGGCUUUACGAGUCGAGCAGCGUGAGAUGUCCAAGGGCGUGCGGAUGGAGACAAUCAUACAAAUGGAGAAGCUCUCAGCGAUAUUGCUAGCAGAUCAAAGUAGCGACACGCUGCCCAGUCGCAAAGCAGUAGACGAGUUUCUGCUAUACAUUGCAACUCUGCCAGAUCUUGAGCAAAAGGCAAUCGCAGGUCUCAAGUGUCCUGCCAAAGACUCUCACACCGGACAGUCUUAUGACUGGUCUAUUGGCGAGGCGGUGAAGGAUGCGAAAGGCAACCUUGUAUGUUUUCACAAGACAGGCGACUUCAUUCAGCAAGCCGCCGCGCAUUUACGAAAGAACCGGGGUGUCGCUCCUGACACCGACGAAGGUAACUGUUCACUUAUGUAAUGGUCAGUAGCAGCUUCAUGAGCUCAAGUAAGUCAGGACUCUCUGUGCAUCUCGCAAUAGCGAUCCAUCGCAUUCCGGAGGUAUCAGUGUUCAUGUCGAUCAUAAGUCGUUGCAACGAUGUUUGCUACCCUCGGGCAGAUUUGCGGCUAAGACCCCUAGAUCGUACAAUUCACAAGGCAUUUUC